GCUACAGUUACCAUGACAGCGGAUUUAAAUCACGAGGAGCGUGUAAAUACACGCGUGUUGGACACUGGUAGAUAUAUUUGUCGAAUUUGUUAUUUUGUAUAGAAUAUUUUACGUCUGUACGAGGACCGAACGAGAUGACUGAGGCGACUAAAUCUGACGUGCAGAUUAUUUUGAGCAUAAAAGAGGGGAAGGGUUUUGAGCAAGUUUUACAACCAACGUUAUUGAUUGGGACUUUAAAUGGACAUUCCUUAGAGACUGACAGAAUCGAGCCUUGUCCAACUCCACAAUAUGCUACUGAUUUGGUUUGGGAAACUAAUAAAAUGGUGUUGAGAAGAAUGCGAUCAGAGCAAGCCUCAUUAAAAUUAGAAUGCUUUGCUUUUAAAGAGAACGACGGUAGAGAGAGAAUUGGAUAUGUUCUGCUAAACGUACGUUCUGCGCUAGUAUUGUCAAAAUGUGGAGAUCUGAAUCCGAAAGCAGCUUGGCACAAGUUGCUGGGAUUAAGAAGCGAUCUUAAAGCACAAAAGCCUGAGUUACUUCUUGCGUUAAGAGUCGAGGAUCGAAAGGACAUAAAUCUAAAUCCAACAGUAGAGCUAAGAAAUUUAAUGAUAGACAAAGAUGUUAUCUUGGAAAGUGACGAAAUAAUCCCUUACUUACAUCCUGAUGAGCAAUUGAUUCAAUUGGGGCCUCUAAACACCUGUUGCGAAUUAUUUAUAUUAAGUAUCACAACCAUGUGUAUAGAAAAUUUGCAUCUAUUAUUACCUGAAUGUCUAAACAAACGUAGCACUGUGCGUUUCUUAUAUCGAGUUUUGGAAAACGAUGUGGAACUUGAACCACUCAAAACAGAGUCCGGAAAAUCCCAUUUUGUCUCUGAGAAAGUAGUAGUGAGAAUACGAAGCUCUUUGAGCGUCUUAAAGCAAUAUCUCCAAUUGAAGCCAUAUCUGUUAAUAUAUUUGAAACAUGAAAGUAAUGUAAUAGCCGAAUCAUCAGUUAAUCUGCAAUCCUUAGUACCUGCAGACAGUCUGCAAGAAUUUCUCAAAUGUACUGCAAAUGCAAAUACUACUUUACACGAACAAUGUUUUCUAAUUAAACAAGGUUCAACGGAAAAACCUAUUGAAAACCAACAUCAGAAAUCUUAUCUCGAUUUACAACUUAAAUUGCAAUAUAUUGGAAGUAGAACAAAUAUCUUGGUCAACUCUGACACGGCAAUAAACUCCAACAAUUGCGUAUCUAGCACUCGAAUAAAUUAUAACGAAGAAAGCAUAAAUAAUGUUGACCAGAGGUGUCCAGAGAUGGAGUCUCACAGAAAUCCUAGUGGCAAUUUUGGAAAGUUCAGUGUCAAAAAUCUUCCUGGCGAAGUAAAAUGCACAACAGAAUGUAAAAAUAUAAAUAAACAGCCCGUUGAUUGCCAAUGCUGCAAACAUCAGACGGAUAAAGUUACGUAUUCGCGCUCGUGCGAUGAAAUCCUCUGCAGUAAUAAGAAUCAUAUCAAAGGCGUAGGAUCUUAUCACUGCUAUUGUCUACGCAUCUCACUUGUGGCAAUAACACUGGCCUCUGAAACAUUAUCUGGACGAGAAAUUGAAUUUUGAUUUCAUCAUCCAAAAACUGAAAUCAUGUCAACAGCAUACGCGAAAAUGCCAGACUUAUCCGACAAGAAAGUUAAAUUGCAAGAUAUUGUAUGUCAAUUUCACUUUAUAUCCGCGCCAGACGAAAUAAAACAAUUACUACAAUCUUUUCCACCGAAAAUUAGUAUAUACGACACUAACGAAGGUGAUGAAUUAUCAUUGUUAGUACUUGAUGUAAAACCGUUAUUUCACCAAGAAAAGUCCGAAUGUCAGUAUAAAUUAUUUCUGUUCGAUAGAGACCGAAAUAAAAUUGCUGAUAUGGACAUUAUACUCAAAUUAGAGGAUCGUGGACUACAUUGUAUAUUAAAGAAAGAAACUAUCGAUAAAAAUCUAGGCCCACCAAUAUUGGACGAUAGCUUGGCAUAUAAAAUAGUGGACGAGCUCGAAACAUGGAAGGACCGCCAAAAAGAAAUGUUUAAAGCAGAGCUCAAAAGAAAGGAAGAACGAUAUUUGAACAUGCUGAGCGAGGAAUGGCGAAUACAGAGAGAAAAUCUAGAGUCAAAGCUCGCAUACAGUGUUGAACAAUGUAAGACGUUAGCCAACAGUUUAAACAACGCUACUGAAGAUCUGAGAAAGCGCCGUUUAAAGAGCUUGGAAAACGAGACCAGAUUAAUUAAAACGAACGAGGACUU